UUGUAGUUCGGAACGAAGUGCGCGCGCUGUCAUCGUGGUUAUAUCGCAAUCUCAAGUUUUUACGUCGUUGAUUUUGGUUGGACUCGCUGGUCUGCUUGUUGCACCCCGCGUGUUUAACGUUCACGUUCCAGCGUGUGUUUAAAAAUAGUAUUUCAUAGUUGGAGAACGUGAGCUCGACGUCCAGAUUUAGAUAUUUUGGAAGAGAACGCAUGCUAAUUAUAAACGUGAUGUAGAUCGAGCCGCUGUCGGAACGAUUCAACGGAGGACCCAGCGUUCAGUGGAGCGCUCACUACUGCGCUUUGUGAUCGCGUCGUGUGUUUCGUAAUAAUGGGCGACAUAUCCGAGCCGAUUAAGAAAUGUAUACUAAUACUAAAAGCCGCGAAAACCGAUACGGAGAAAUUCGCGGCGCUCUUCAUGGUGACUAAGCUUGUGAAGAGCAAGGACUGCAACACAGUAGCCAAGAAAGCACUCUUCGAAGCCAUCGGAUUCAAGUUCCUGAAAAAGCUACUAACCUGUAGCACCGUGCAGGAUGAUUGCCCGCCGACUGUGUACAAGUCUGUCGCCCUCUCAAUACUUACAAACUUCUGCAAUGAUCCUGAGCUGGCAACACACCCUGAAAUGCUCGCUAACAUACCAGUGUUCCUUGAGAUAGUACAAACUUCAGAAAAUGAAGACUAUGAUGAUGACCUUAUUAUUGUCAGUGAGGCGUACACAUGCCUUCAAUGUAUUGCUGAACAUGAAGCUGGACAAAAGGCUCUUAUUGAAGUUGGUGCCAUCACCAAAAUGUCAGAAAUAUACUCAGUUCAAAGUUUCCAAACAGAUGAAGCCCUUAAUAUUCUAGUGAAGCUAGUUAGUAGGUACGGCCCCGCUGCUUGGGGUGAUGAUCCUAAACCUUUCCAUGCUCUUGUAAAUAAAAUAGCCUUGGACUUUGCAACUGACCAGUCUGAAAGAAAGUUUGAGUUAGCAACUAUCUUGAGUGCCCUGUUAUACAGUUGCAACAAGUGUACCGUGAUACCCGGAUCAUCUGAAGAAACCUGGCCACAGAGUAUAUACAAAGCCCUUCAUGAUAUCCUUACCAGCAAAAUUGGUAAAAACCAGAGGGAUCCUGCUCUCAAACUUGCCGCGAACAUUGUAGAUUUGCUUGGUAUUGAGUGGACCUUAAAUGAUGAAGAGAACCCAAAGAAGUUCUUCCUAUUACUGCAGCAACUUUGUGCCAUUGAGGUGAGAAUGCAGUUGGAUGACAGAAGUUUCAAACAAGCUUAUGCUAAUGCUGAUUUAGUCACUUCCUGUUUCAUUGUAUUAGAGUUAUCUAUCAACUACAUGGCUACCGAUCAACUGGAUUUGGAACAGAAAGAAAAGCAAUCAGUUUACACUGGUUUAAAGGGUGCCUUCAAUGCUAUAGUGUCAAUGUUGACAAAGGUAUACAAUGAUAAGAACAGAGAUAAACUGCCUGAUGCCGAGAAAGUUUAUGUUUGUGCCAUGGUCAGAGUUUUGGUGGCCUGGAUUGCACAAGAAACAACAGCUAUGAGGGAACAAAUCUACACCCUACUUCCAUUCAUUUUCUCAUUGGCCAAUGAUUCCUUCCACGCCUACAGAGCCAGGAAGCUUGCUGAAAAGAAUAAGUCUGAAGGUGAAGCUAUGGAUGUUGAUACCAACCUCAUGGGACAGAUCGACCUUCUCAGAUUGAUGUUACCUGCUCUUUGCCACUUAGUAGUUGAAGACAAAGCAAGAACCAUAGUAUUAAAUCUAAAACAAGAAGACAUUCUUUAUGAAGCCAUGAGUUUCCACUGGUCCAUUGUACAUUACAAGAGACCACCCGUGCCAAAGUCUGAAAGGGGAAAAGUUAAAAAUCAGCCUGCACCUGAGUUGGACCCACAAAUGUUGGAAGACAUGAAAGAUUCAAGGGCAGCCAUGGUUAGCCUGUGCAAUAUAUUCAUGAAUCUCACAGUACUGGCCCCUAAAGUUGUAGAAACCAGUAUGUUAUUCAAUACCCUACUGAAAUUCAUCUUCAAUGACCUCCCUGAAUUAAAGGACAUACCUGAGAACUUGGUACUCCAUGGUCAUUUGGCAGUGUUGGGAUUACUUCUACUCAAACAACAAGCUAGUAAAGUGAAGAAGAAUGACUUCUCAAUUUGCAGAUACAUUCAGUCCACAAUAAGGUUCCUGUGGGAUGCCUACAACAUUGAUGAGUCCAAUGACCCCACUGCCUUAGUUGUGUCAAUGAGCUACAAAGAACACUGGAAUGAAAUUGCAGACUUGUGGUUCUUGGGUAUGCAGACCAUGAGUGGAGUUCUCACCAUCGUGCCAUGGAUAUCCGAGUUUGCCAUUGAGAGUGGAUGGGCACAGGGCAUUGCUGAAAUGCUAACUAAAGUGAAAGUAGGAACCCUCCCACCCAAUGUGAAGUCAGCAUUUGAAGACUUCCUGUGUAGGCUAGUAGAUUCUAAUGAGAGUGUCAUACCAGUCUUGAAAAAAGCUGGUGCCCUUAAGAUGUGCAGGAAUCACAGAUUAAUGGAGUUAGGUAAAAAAUUGUUUGGAGAUUAAAUGUCAAGUUAAUUAAUAGUUAGGUAUACAACCUACUUGUCGUAAUGUUAAAUUUUAAUACAUUUUUACUACAAAGUACUUAAAUUUUGUUUUUUAAUUACUGAAUGAUUCUUUUAAAUGUCUAACAACAUAUUUUCUUCAAGGACUUAUGCGCAACGGGUUUAAUUUCAUUGUAAUAUAAUUUGACUGGCUUCUUAUGUUUUAUAACAGUAAUAUUGUUUGGUACUGAAUAAAGUUUUUUAUGUAAACAGA